UCCCCGAUGAGCCUUCCACACACAGCUUCUUCAUGUGAACAUCCAAGCAAACGCGUGGCGCUCAUACAGCUGUACACAAUCACAACUUGUCUGGUAGCCCAUACUGUGCCUGCCAUGUUCUGGCCGUAUCCGUGACGAGCAGCGGGCUCGCCUGUGCCUCACACAGGCUCACGUGAAUAACUAGCAGGUGGCCGAGGGAGAUUCUUUGCUACGAAGAUGGUAGCCUCACGCAAUGCUCGGGACUCACCGUCAAGCAGAAACUUCAAGUCCUCUGCGGUGCUGGGCAAUGGUGCGGAAGAAGUACAUGACGACGGCACGGAAGUGUUUACACUCGUAGCUGAUGGCGACGUCGUACUGCAUUUCCAGCAUGAAGCCAACGGCGUCCAGUCAAGCGCAGCAUUCCGAGUCUCCACCACGGAGCUCAAAUCAAGAUCGAGGUACUUCGACCGGCUAUUUGGACGCUUCGGGGAGGCAGCCAAGGUCGAAGCGCGCCACAAGACCCUAGGCCAGCAAUAUCGGACGAUGGCAGACGUACCUUCUGCGCAACUGCCAAUGAUCGUCAUUGAAGACCUCGGUCGUAUCUCUGGCGUCAAGUCUCCAGCGAUACUGUUACGGGACUUCCUUCGCAUCCUCCAUAGCCAGGAGAUCGAGUCGAACCUACCAGUUGCGAACCUGGCGAAUCUGUCGAUUGUAGCAGAUCGCUUCGAUGCACUCGAGUGGCUGAAGGUGUACUUUAGUCGGAAAAAGGCAAUGCAAGCAAUAGACAGUAAGAUGACGCCGAAAGCGGACAACGGCCUAUCCGAAGAGAAGGUCCGACAGCGACUGCUGGUGGGCUAUAUGCUCGACUUCCCGAAGUGGAUCGAGAAGCACUCCGCACGCCUGAUAAUGAAGGGAUGGGUAGGGCAAGAGCCUGACAUAUCUGCCGCCCUGUGGUGGGAUCUGCCCGGCCGCAUGGAGGAAGAGCUAGCCUUUCGGCGCGAGUGUGUGCUCGAGACGAUUCAGUCGCUCCAGACAUACCUCCUCGGCUUGUAUACGUCGCGAGAGCGACAGUGCAAGCUGGGCUACGACUCGUCUGCGCAAUGCGACUCCUUCCAGCUGGGCGAAAUGAUACGCUUUUUUGCACGAAUCGGUACGCUGAGAUUGCAAGGCGCGAUACUGGAAACGGACGAGCCACAUCCGCAGUACGACGGCGACAUACAGAACCUCGUUGAUCUUCUGCGGCAAGUUCCAGAGUAUCAGAUUGACCGCAACCAUACUCACUGCGGCUUGCGUACCCGGAUCAUGCCGUUACUCGACAUGAUUCGAGAUUGUUGUUUCUAUGUGGGUGUCUGUCCGGACUGCUGGCACGCGGAUAGAGCACAGUAUGCUUGGAUUGAAUCGAAGAGGCCGCUUCUGUGGAAACGCCAGAGUUUCAGUUUGAGAGCGUACCUGAGCCGAGGACAUGGCAGUAGGCACGCUGAGUUACGCGACAUGUUCCUGGCGACGGAGCGAGACUGGAGCUGAGCAGUCGACAAGUCGCAACAAGAUGGAGUACGAUGGCUCGAAGGCACAAGCGAUUAGCAAACUCGAGCGUGCUUGACUAUACCGGCUAGCUGCGGUUCAUGCUCG